AUGGCUCACCUGGGGCGCGUCAUGAGGCGGCUAGACUCAUUUCGAAAGCUCGAUGUCAUCGAUACUGACUCUUCCUCCUCUAUGACUGCAGAAGCACCCCAGGUCAAUCUCCCACAUGUGGAUACGCACCUGAACAUGCACCAAAUCACUGGAUUUUACGACGAGACCGGCGUUGAUGGAGUGGAUGCCAAUGGGAUUGAAAACGGAAUUGAAAAUGGUCACGAGAAUGAUUACACAGGUACGCUGUUUUAUGCCGCUUUAUUUGCUUCAAUCCGGGAAUCCGAAUUCCAAGACGAAGAAGAAGAAAAAAACAUCAAUCCCAAACCGCAGGAAGCUGACAUCUUGGUCGAUACAGACUUCAAUACCUCUCCAUCCUUACCCUCCCACACAUCGACAAGCCCGAACCUUAACAACGACGAGGCCCCCACCGAAUGGUCAGCCGUCGGCCACGCCGCCACGGGAAAAUCCGGACGCGUCAUUCACAAUUUACAAGAAGAGAUCGCACGUCUCACGCGCGAAUGCAGCCUAUACCGAUCCCGAGCGGAGGAAACACAACGCUCAAAUGAAGCGCUAAAAAUCCAAAACCAAAACAUGAACGAGCGGCUCCGGAACCUAGAACAAGUCAACGAGACAAACCUAAACUCCAUAUCGCGAAAAGAUCGAAAAAUCGACGAGCUACGCGCCGAAAUAACCGGCGAGCGAAAUAAGCGAGUGGACGCCGAAGCCGACGCGAGCAAAACGAACGAGACGAUGCGUGAAGAGCGCGAGAACCAUCACCGCGAGCAGGCCCGGACACAAGAGAUUGCCAAAUACCACGAGACACAGUAUGAGGUGUUGGCUUCUACGACGAAGCGCGAAAAGGCCGAUCUCGGACGCCGGGUGAAGGCGCUGUGGGCUGAGUUGCAGGUUCUGUCGGAGGCGCAGAAGACGCAGAGCGUUUGUGCGGAACGGCUGGAUGUUCUUGCUGAUCAGAAAAAUCGGGAGGUGGAGGGGUUGAAGGAUGCGCAUGAGAAGUUACUUGCGAGUCAUACGGAUUACAAGAAGACCAAGGAUGAGGAGUUACGGGGCACGAUUGAGCGGGCUCAUGCGAAUAAUGAUAUGAUUGAUGCGGCUAUCAAGUCGAUCAAGCAGACCGAGGCGGAAAUGAAGUGGGCUAUUCAACUGAACAAGAAUCAAGUUCAUGGUUGA